GGUCAGCGUGGAGAAGCGGCCGAAGGGCAAGAAGGUGACCAUCAUCUCCAACAUCCAGGGCAGCGCCGCCUCCCUCCUGUCCUCCCUGAGCUCGCUGCUCGGCUGCGGGGGGACUAAGCGGCAGGAGGCGAGCGGCAUACACUGGACGGUGGAGAUCCAGGGUGACCAGACCGAACGGGUGUUGGCCGCCCUGACACAGUUGGGUUGCCUCAAGGGUGUGAAGAAAGAGAGCGACGAGAAGCAGGACAAGAAGCAAGUCGAGGUGGCUACCCGCCAGUGCGCCUACGACAAGUUCCUGAGGCGGGGCGACGAGGACCGAAAGGGCGAGUUGCUGGCUGAGUUUCGACAAGGCACGCUGCUGCCAGGGGCCGAGUGCAGCAAGUGGCACGGGGCUUGGCUGUACUGCCGGGGCAACUGCGAGCGCACAGACACGGGCGACGUGUGGGAGGAGGGCCUCUGCGGCGAGGA